CAGGCCCACGUCUGCCAAACCCAUGACCUGCAACGGAAGUGUGUGGAACGGGACGCCGCCCAGAUGUCUCAACGGCACAGACAGAGACGAGUGUGCUGAAGGAAGACGCUAUUGUGACGAGGGUUGCGUCAAUACUCCUGGAAGUUACCGCUGUCAGUGCCCGGAUGGUUACGACCUCGGUAGGGACCACAAGUCGUGCUUAGAUAUUGACGAAUGUCAGGCCAAUAACGGUGGGUGCCAGGAAGAAUGCAUUAAUCACAUUGGUUCCUUCAGCUGUCGCUGCAAGUCACCCGCCUAUUCACUGACUGCGAACGGAAAGACGUGCGUCGGAUGA